GGCGGCGCUAAGGACCCGGUACCCGCGGCGCCAGCAGCUGCAGCGGCUGAGCCGGAGGCGGACGAGGAGGCGGACCCGCCAGCGGCAGACUCAACAGCGCCCCAGGUCAGCGAGCCGAGGGCACCGGACUCCAGUCGGAUGCAGAUGCCGCCGGGGAACCCACUGCUGUUGUCGCUCACGCUGCAGGAGCUGCUGGCCAGGGACGCCGUGCAGGUGGAGCUCAUCCCCGAGAAGAAGGGCCUCUUCCUCAAGCACGUGGAGUAUGAGGUUUCCAGCCAGCGCUUCAAGUCCUGCGUGUAUCGACGGUACAAUGACUUCGUGGUCUUCCACGAGAUGCUGCUGCAGAAGUUCCCCUACCGCAUGGUGCCGGCCCUCCCGCCCAAGAGGAUGCUGGGAGCCGACAGGGAGUUCAUCGAGGCCCGGAGGAGGGCGCUGAAGCGCUUCAUCAACCUGGUGGCCCGGCACCCGCCCUUCUCCGAGGACGUUGUCCUCAAGCUCUUCCUGUCCUUCAGUGGCCCCGAUGUGCAGAGCAAGUUGAAAGAAUCCGCUCAGUGUGUGGGAGACGAGUUCGUGAACUGUCAGCUGGCUGCCCGGGCCAAGGACUUCCUCCCAGCCGACAUCCAGACUCAGUUCGCCAUCAGCCGGGAGCUGAUUCGCAACAUCUACAACAGCUUUCACAAGCUUCGCGAUAGGGCCGAGCGGAUGGUGUCACGGGCCAUCGACAACGCUGCUGACCUUUUAAUAUUCGGGAAGGAACUGAGUGCUUUAGGGUCUGACACGACCCCGCUCCCCUCCUGGGCCACUCUGAACAGCAGCACGUGGGGGUCCCUCAAACAGGCGCUGAAAGGUCUGUCCGUUGAAUUUGCACUGCUCGCUGACAAGGCUGCACAGCAGGGCGAACAGGAGAACGGCGUGGUGGAGGGGCUGAACCUCUUCCUGGACUUGCUCCAGUCCCAUCAAGACCUCUGUGAGCGGCACGAGAAGGGUGUGCUGCACAAGCACCAGCGGGCACUGCACAAGCACAGCCUGCUGAAGAGGCAGAUGAUGAGCGCCGCCGUGCAGAACCGCGAGCCCGAGUCUGUGGAGCAGCUGGAGUCCCGCAUCGUGGAGCAGGAGAACGUGAUCCAGACGAUGGAGCUUCGCAAACACUUCUCCCUGUACUGCCUGCACCAGGAGACGCAGCUGGUCCACGUCUACCUGCCCCUUACCUCCCACAUCCUCGGGGCCUUCGUCAGCUCCCAGAUCCAAGGGCACAAGGAGAUGAGCAAGGUGUGGAACGACCUGCAGCCCAAGCUACAGUGCCUCUUCGGUGGACCGCACGGCACCCCAAGCCUACCAAGGUCCCCGCAGGACGGCCUGUCUUCUCACUAGUGCCGGGAGGACGUGGGUGGCAGCUCCGGUGCCCUCACUAAAACUUCUUUCCAAA